AUGGUUGGCGCUACGGAAAUCACAGAAAGCAACGUUGCCUACACACACGAGCAACACAGCGGGCUCGUGUGUGUCUUUGCGGGCGCUACUGCAGGCAUCGGCCGGGCCACCCUUGAGCGAUUGGCCACCAUGCUGCACUCCUCCACUUUCUACAUCCUGGGGAGGAACAAGCAGCGCCAUGCUCCCUGGCUUGAACAGCUAAGAGCGUCUUCUUCGAACAGCAAGUUUGUCUACGUCGAGGCACAGGUAUCCCUGAUCUCGGAUAUUGAUAAAGCAUGCAACCAAAUCCUCUCAGCCGAGCCGAAGGUCGACAUACUCUGCAUGAGCCCCGGCGGCAUGCCCUUCGCUGGAGCAAAAUAUACUGAGGAAGGGCUCGAGACAUGCUUUGCAGUCUCAUACUACUCACGCCUGAGAAUGGUCUCGAACUUACUGCCGCUGCUAAACCAGUGUCAAGACCAUCCUGCGCAUGUUCUGUCCAUCCUCAAUGGCACCAAGGAGACCAAGAUUGACGAAGAUGAUCUGAAUCUUGACAAGAACUGGGGAAUCCGCGCGGUUGUCAACCACACCACCCUUCUGACAAGCCUGUCGUUUGACUACCUUGCGGCGCAAUCUCCGCAGGGACACAUUGUCUUCCUGCAUGCUACUCCGGGCUUCGUCAACACCAACACCCCUCGUACGAAGGAGCACUUGCCAUCCAGGGAGAAGGUCGGACUCCUCCAAUGGGCGUUCAUUUCGUUCGUACAAGUGGUCUCUGGCUGGGUUAUUCGCUACUUCGGCAUGAACAUCAAGGAGUCUGGCGAAAGGCAUGCUUAUCACCUCACAAGUGACAGGUUCAAGCCUGGUUCCUGGAGGGUGGAUAGGCACUGCGAAGUCGUCCCGGACAACGAUGUGCUGAAGGACUAUCAGAGCCGCGGAUGGACAGAGAAGGCGUGGAAUUUCACUCUUGCGACGUGGGACAAGGUCCUUGGUAACGCUGGCCCUGCGCACUGA